ACCCCUUGUAAACGAUGAAAACGUCUACUUCAAAGAUGGACCAACUCAAGACCUCAAGAUUUCUUCUAGAUUUUGUGACUGUUCUUUUAUUUUCUCGGCUCGUAUCGGGCCAGCAGGCGCUAACAUGUGAGAAGACGGGGCCGUGCUCGUGUAUGAUGAGCGACGGGAUCGGGGAGAUCAACCUGCGGCCGCUGGUGGCUGCCAACCCGAGUUUCAAAGACUUCCCGGCGACCACUAACCCCGAUGAUUACCUGUACUCGUGGAACCCUUGCGAGCCUUUCACGGAGGGCCUGUGCCGGGAUGUCGCGGUUUGCCAAAAGAAAAAGGACGGAAAAGUCUACACGGACCUGGGGCAGCAGGACUCUAUGGAGACGGACGUCAGUGUGGACCCCGACACGGGAGAGACUCUCGUCUCCUUCGCCUACUCAUCUGCAGACGACAAGAAAGCAAGCCUAGUAGUCACGAAAUGUACCACAGGAGAGACCAACUUUACCGCAGAAGGUGAAACAGCCAUGAACACAUACGUUUUCCAGCUGGACAGCCCGUGCGCCUGCCCCGGUGUUGGGCCGGAGUGUACGGGACAGCCGCCGCCUACCUGUGAGAAGACGGGCCCGUGCUCCUGUAACAUGAGUGACGGGUCAGGGCAGGUCGACAUCAGCCCUCUGAUGACAGGAAACCCCGCUUUUAAGGACCUGGUUGCCACCACAGUGCCCGAUGACUACCUCUACUCCUGGAAUCCCUGCCAACCUUUCACGGAGGGCCAGUGUCAGAAUGUUGCGGUCUGUAAAAAAUCUAACGAUAGUUCCGUGUACGAAGACAUCGGAACCCAGGAUAGUGUGGAGAUCUCAUUCAGUCAGGAUCCGGAUGAGGGGGAGAUAGUGACUUUUGGCUACACGUCGUUAGACGGACUAAGAUUAAGCAGUGUCAUGGCCAAAUGCACCACUGGUGAAACUAGCAUCAAGGCGGAUGGAGAGAUACUAGACAAUAACUACCUUUUUGAGCUGAGCAGCCCCUGUGCCUGCCCCAAUGCCGGACCUGACUGUGCCGGUAAGAAGCCAGUCACGUGUGAGAAGACAGGGCCGUGCUCAUGUAAUAUGAGUGACGGGUCAGGGGAGGUCAACUUGCAGCUUCUACUAUCGGGAAACCCUACGUUCAAGGAUUAUGACUCCACCAUUUUCCCCGAUGGCUUCCUGUACUCCUGGAACCCCUGCGAACCUUUCUCCGAAGGCUCAUGUAAAGAUGUGGCGGCAUGUAAAAGCGCUAGUGACGGUUCAGCUUAUAUCGACAUCGGGAAGCAGGAUUCGGUGCAGAUUUCAGGCGGCAGGGAUGACUCAAGCGGAGACGUCGUGGUUUCCUUUGCCUAUACAUCUGCGGACGGAGAGAGGGAUAGUAUGAUUGUGGCCACGUGUACCACAGGCGACACCACUACGUUUACAGCCGAGGGACAAACAACUGAGAACUCUUAUAGUUUCCAGCUAGAGAGCCCCUGCGCCUGCCCCAAUGCGGAUCCUCAAUGUGCGGGAUCAAAAACCCCGACAUGUGAGAAGACGGGACCGUGCUCCUGUAGGAUGAGCGACGGGUCAGGGGAGGUCAACCUGCAACCUUUACUGGCGGGAAACCCAACAUUCAAGGACAUUCCUGCGACAACAGUUCCCGACGAUUUCCUCUACUCGUGGAACCCGUGUGAACCUUUCGAUGAGGGCUCGUGCAAGGACGUGGCGGUUUGCCAGAAAACCAAAGACGGUUCGCAGUACAACGAUCUUGGCCGUCAUGAUACGGUAGAAAUCCAGGCUAGCCAGGAUCCCAUCACAGGACAGUCCGCUGUGUCGUUCGGCUACACCUCUGCAGACGGACAGAGAUCGAGUUUGAUAAUCGCGACCUGUGGCACUGGUGACACAGAGUUUACUGUGGACGGCCAAGACGUGCCGAAUUCAUAUCUAUUCCAGUUGACCAGCGCCUGUGCCUGUCCGGGAGCGGACGUGGACUGUGCCGGUCCUGUCAUCAUACCUACCCCUGCCCCUACAGCAGGGCUGGGGGGCGGAUCCAUCUUCCUGAUUAUAGUUGUGUCUGCCUUCGCUGGGUAUUUCCUGGUGGGCGCCAUAUUAAACAAGGUCAUCAGGGGAAAACAAGGGUCAGAGGUCGUCCCGAAUGUGCAGUUCUGGAGGAAUCUGCCAGGUUACAUCAAGAAUGGAGUUUUGUACAUCAUCUCUCCUUGCCGAAAGACAACAACGUAUGAACAGAUCUAGAGCCUGCAAAAGCACGCUUCUCCAAUAUACAAUCUUUGCCAAUUCAAGGCCCAAAAUCAGUUGGAUGUGAAAGGCCUCCGUUUUGUAAUAAUUGGUAAAUGUGAGGAUUGGUGGAAGGAGUUCCUCCUCCAGAGUGACGGAACCCUGGUAUGAUUGAAGAAAUCUUUUUAUAUU